UCUGCAUGGAGGGAAUCCACGGUGCAUUGAACAUCACAGUGGAAGUGCCUACAUAUAUAUCGCAAUUAAAGCAAACUUCCAUUACGAGUUCACCGAAUUUACUCUACAUGCAUGUAUUUCAAGUUAAUUUCCAUAUUUGUACUUUCUUUGAGAGCUGAUCAUUCCGGGUGACGAAAGAUGAUAGCUAUUACCGACAUGAUGAAAGUAUUGACUCUGUUUUGGAUUCAUUUGAUGAUGGGUGCAACGAUCUGUUAUUUUGGAAGCGGAGACGCCUCACAGACAACUGCGUGCAAUGCAAACGAAGAUAGGAUCGUGCGUUUAGCAACCGGCACGAAUUCGUCUGAAGGGAAUGUACAAGUUUGUGUAAACGGGACCCGGGGACAUGUUUGCGGUGCAUCAUGGGACAUUGCUGAUGCCAAUGUCGUCUGCUUGAGUCUUGGUUUUACCAGGGCGAUUCGAUCAUUCAGCGAAGUAUCAACUGAGUUCAGCAACGACGAGAUAGUUCUCUAUAACGUGGAUUGCAGAGGGGAUGAAUCAAGUCUGUUUGAUUGCCCGCAUGAUGUGAAUCUCACAGGGAACUGCCACUUGGGAGGGACGGCUGGAAUAGAGUGUUCAAACGACCUUGAAUAUAGUGUCUGUGUUCCAGGCUUGUGUCAUGGAGACUUAGAAAUGAAAGGCUGCGCAACGAUUCAAUCAGUCUAA